GGCGGGAGCCAAAAAGAUACCUAGAAAUAAACAAGACAGCUCACUGUGUGGUGAAGCGAAUGUUUUAAAUUUGUUGUUAGACUAUGAGCAGAUUACGUUCAGCGAUGCAUAAAGGAAAGAGAGUCGGACAGGAGAUAGUAGAAACUGCAAAACCAAAGAGGAAGAAGUCAGAGACAGCUGUGAAAGAAGAGGGAACCAAAACCAAAACCGUCCCCCCUGUCCAGUCCUCAUACCACACUUUCCCUGAUCCUGCUGAUGUGGUGCUGCUGCGCUCCAACCUCCUCUGUUGGUAUGACAAAGAGAAGAGAGAGCUGCCAUGGAGGACUCUGGCUCUGACAGAGUCAGACCUCAACAUCAGAACAUAUGCAGUCUGGGUUUCAGAAAUUAUGCUGCAACAGACCCAGGUUGCUACAGUCAUAGAUUAUUACAACAAGUGGAUGAAGCGGUGGCCCACAGUGCAGGACCUUGCAGCUGCAACACUUGAGGAAGUGAAUCAGAUGUGGGCAGGUCUUGGCUACUAUUCCAGAGGAAAAAGGCUCCAUGAAGGAUCUCAGAAGGUGGUGUCAGAGCUGAAGGGACAGAUGCCUCGUACAGUUGACAGCCUGCUCAAACAGCUGCCUGGAGUGGGACGAUACACCGCUGCAGCUAUUGGCUCCAUCGCCUUGGGCCAGGUUACUGGAGCUGUAGAUGGCAAUGUGAUCCGGGUGCUGUGUCGGCUGAGGGCCAUCGGAGCUGACAGCACAAGUCCUGCAGUGACAGAAGCGCUAUGGAGUCUGGCUAAUAAGCUGGUGGAUCCUGACAGACCAGGGGACUUUAAUCAGGCACUGAUGGAGCUGGGAGCUCGAGUCUGCACCCCUAAAGGCCCACUGUGCAGCCAAUGUCCUGUACAGACUCACUGCCGCUCUUACAGCAAGGUUCAACUUAAACAAGAAAAAAACUCCCAGAAACUGUUGGGGAAGCUGGACAGAAAACCUUUUGCCCUGUCUGACAUAGAAGACUGUUUGAACAGCGGGACGUGUUCACUGUGUCCCUCUGAGCCUUGGGAUGACGAGUUGGGUGUUCAGAACUUCCCCAGAAAGCCGGCAAAGAAGCCGCCUCGAGUGGAGCGAACUCUGACGUGUGUGGUGAUCAGAGUGGGGGAAGAGGGUGAGGACGAGUACCUGCUCACAAAGAGACCAAACAAAGGUUUGUUAGCAGGCUUGUGGGAGUUUCCAAGUCUUCUGCUGGAGGAGAAAAGCUCUGAGGUAAAACAGAAGAGGGCACUUUGUGCAGAGAUCAGCAGUUUACUGGGAACCAGUCUGAGUGAGAGCUUUUUCCAGUAUGUGGGAGAGGUUGUUCACAUCUUCUCCCACAUCCACCAGACAUAUGUGGUUCACAGUGUCUGUCUGAAGGAUGGUGACGCACAAACACGGACUGAAAAUGCACAGUGGCUCAGCAGACCGGCUCUGCAGGGAGCUGCUGUGUCCACUGGAGUGAAAAAGAUUGUGAAGCUUUGUGAUUCUGUAAAAAGUAAAGAAGACCAAACAUCCAAGGAUGGAAAAAGAAAAAAGCACACCGACAUUAAGAAUGACAAGAAACAACAAACCUCAAAAAAACCCAAACUGGGCACAGCUAACACAGGUGGCAGACAGCUCUCCCUUAGUUCCUUCUUUAAGACUGUCAAAGAGGAAUCUGUUUGAUGCUAGCUAAAGUCCCUAAUCAUGCCUUUUUUUUUCUUUUUUUUUUUUUGGUUUUACUUGUAUUAAGGUUUUAUUGUGGCUCUGUGGUCCCACUGGUAGGAAAAUGCAGUCAGGAUAUUUCAAAGUAUCAUAUUUUAAAUAAAUUUACAUAAAAUGGUAAGUGGACUUGAGCUUGUAUAACACAUUUCUACUUGUGUGACUACUCAAAGUCCUUUUUACACCACAGGUCACACUUACCCAUUUCCAACCAUUCCCUGUGCAUUCACACACUGAUGGUCAAGAGUUGUAUGUAGAGUGGCCAACAGUUUUAACUAAUCCCACUGAAAAAAGGUUAGGAACCACUGCUGUUGACUAAUUGUGAGGACCUGAUUUGAGGAUCAUGCUUUUUUAAAUAUAUAAGUAAUAUGACUAGAUUAAACAUUGAGUUACUUCAUUAUUUUCUAUAUCAGCUGUAUACAUGUUUUUAAACUGUUUUAAGGUGAUUGUUUUGUUUUAUAACCACUUAAAAUGUAUGGUUAGUUAAGAGAGGAAGAGAAAAAGCAACUUUACAUAAUAAAGAUUUUACACCA